AUGCAAAACGAUGGCGUCGACCAAGAUCCCCGAGGUGGCUUGUCUGCACUCGACACUCAAAAGACUGAGACAACACAAGACACAGAACAUGAAAAAGAUGAAAAGACAUAUCCACCCAAGAAGAUUGUUCUUCCAGCCAUGGCUGCCAUAUAUUUGGCAUUCUUCCUUGUUGCGUUGGACCGUACAAUCAUCGGCACCGCCAUACCUGCCAUAUCGAACCAAUUCAAUAGCUUUGGAGAUGUGGCUUGGUACGAAUCAGGCUUCCUCCUUCCACUCUGCGCCCUGCAGCUAUCAUUUGGUCUGAUAUACACAUACUACUCAUCGAAAUGGGUAUUGAUCAUCCUCGUCUCGAUAUUCGAAAUUGGAUCCAUCGUCUGCGCUGCCGCUCCGAACUCCAAUGCUCUUAUUGUCGGAAGAGUUAUUCAGGGCAUCGGCGGUGCUGGUAUCGGUUCUGGAGCAAUCAUUCUCAUUAGUAUGCUUGUGCCUCUUCAAGCUCGACCUCAAUGGACUGGUGGUGUGGGUGCUGUUUUCGGACUUGCGAGUAUACUUGGACCAUUACUUGGAGGCUACCUUACUUCUGUCAGCUGGCGUUGGUGCUUCUGGAUUAAUGUACCGAUCGGUGCUGUUUCGCUCGCAUGCUUGGUCUUCUUCACGCCAAAUAGUCCGCCUGCGAAAAAGGCAGCUCCGACAUGGCGAGGGAAGCUUGAUCAACUGGACCCGCUGGGCUUCGUCUUGAUCGCGCCAUCUGUGAUCUGCCUAUUGUUUGCUAUCGAGUGGGGUGGCUCAAAGUAUCCUUGGGGCAGCGGUCGCGUCAUCGCUUUAUUCGUGGUCUUUGCUGUUCUCCUCCUGGCGUUCAUUGCUUCUCAGAUCUGGCGCGGAGACAAGGCCACAUUGCCCCCUCGCAUUCUCAAGCAGCGGACCAUCUUCGCAGCGUCAGUAGCCACUGUAGGCGUCGGUAGUGUACUCGUCAUCUAUGCUUUUUACCUUCCAAUCUGGUUCCAAGUCAUUCAAGGAAAAUCGCCGCAAAAGUCUGGAUUGUCUCUGCUGCCGCUUCUCCUGAGCAAUGUCAUUGCAGUCAUUGCAGGGGGUGUUGGAACGAGUCUGCUAGGAUACUACACUCCCUUCCUGAUCAUUGGAAGUGCUAUCGCCAUUGUUGGAUCAGCUCUUCUCACUACAUGGACUGUUGGUAUUGGUGCCGGGAUAUGGAUUGGCUACCAGCAGAUCGUUCUGGGUGCCGGAAUGGGCAUGGUGUUGCAAGGGCCGAACAUCGCAGCACAAACAGUUCUCCCGGACAGCGACGUGUCGAUUGGUCUGUCCUUCCUGCAGUUCAUCACGUUCUUUGCAGGCAGCACCUUUGUCACCGUUUCCCAGACACUUCUGGAGCACGGUCUGGUCUCCGGCUUGUGGGACAUACUACCUGAUUUGGACACGAGCAUGAUUGCAGGUGCUGGAGCAACGGCUAUUCGAGAUAUGGUCUCGACGGAGCAACUCCUGGCCGUGCUAAAAGUGUACAAUGACUCGAUGAGGUCAAUCUGGUACCUUGGUUUGGGUCUGUCUUGUCUUAUGUUCAUCGCUACUUGGGGCUUCGAGUGGAAGAGUGUCAAGAGCAAGAAGGAAGGCGAGAGUGAGGUCAAGGCUUGA